AUGGAGUCCCACCCUUUGCCUCCCUCGGACACCGAAUCCGACUCCGGGGAUGAAACUGUUCCGGCCGAUCCGGAGACUUGGACGCGAAGAGAUGUCUUGCGUUGCGUUCGUUGGGUUGCCCGCACGUUCAGCCUGCGAGCGCCCCGGAAGCACCUGCUACCAGCUUCCGGUCCAGCCCUUCUAUGCCUUACUGAAGAUAACUGGCUGCAAGUGUGUGAAGGAAGCGGUGAGGCUGCUCGUAUCUUCCACGCAUACAUGCGGCAUACCCACGCCACGGCAAAGGGUCAACCUCCACCACCACCUCUGCCGGAACACCAGGCUUCCACUUCCACACCAACAACACAGACAUAUCCGUACACUGCGAUAAGUGGCCGUACCAGCGGUGGUCAAGUGCAGUUGUGGCAAUUUCUACUUGAAGAACUGGCAGCUGGAGCGCCUGGUAUAUGUUGGGAGGGUCCUCCCAACGAGGGUGAGUUCCGUCUAUCAGACCCUGAGGAGGUGGCCCGACGCUGGGGCCGACGGAAGCAAAAGCCCAACAUGAACUACGAUAAGUUGUCCCGAGCUCUGCGGUACUAUUACGAUAAGAAUAUCAUGGGAAAGGUCCACGGCAAGAGAUACGCGUACAAGUUCUGCUGGGCAGGUCUAGCGGCCGCCUGCCAGGCUCAGACAGAUGCACCACCCUACUGGCCAUACCUUCCUCAGAAUACAAAUCCUAACUAA